GCUGGAGGACAAGCAGACUUGCAGCAGCCUGGGAUGGACUGCAGAUGAAGCUGUGCUUGUGACAAUGACCCACGCGCUUCCGGAUGUUGAUGGCUGUCUGGACUACUUCUUGAGAAGGUAUUCUUCGGACAAGGUUCCAGAGGAGUACACUUCCCAAUUGCUCCUGCUGUGCUGCCGCUGCAAGGAGAUCUUUCUGGCAGAGCCAAUGCUGCUGGAGCUUGAGCCCCCUUGGGUUAUUGUGGGCAAUAUGCAUGGCUACUACGAUCAGCUCCUGAACCUCUUUCAACGAUUCGGUGAGCUGCCUGACAGCCGGUAUUUGUUCCUGGGUGGCUAUGUCGACAGGGGGAGGAGGAGCCUUGACACCAUAGCGCUUCUGCUUCUGCGCAAGAUGCAGUAUCCGGACAGCCUUAAGCUUCUCAGAAGCAACCACGAAGACGCAGCGAUGACCAGGAUCUAUGGCUUCUAUGAUGAGUGCAAACGGCGUGCAAACGUUCGACUUUGGAAAGCUUUCGUAGAGAUCUUCAACUGCCUCCCGGUGGGCGCCUUGAUCCGAGAGAAGAUCUUUUGCGUCAGCGGCGGGCUCUCUAAGGAGCUGCGGGACUUCGACUGUAUUCGUCAACUGCAGCGUCCCAGUAAGGUGCCGGAGGAAGGUCUGCUUUGUGAUCUCAUGUGGUCCGACCCUCAGCACCAACCUGGUUGGGAUGAGAACGACCGGGGUGUGUCCUUUUGCUUUGGAGCGGACGUGGUACACCAGUUUGUCGAGAAGAUGGGCUUGGAUCUGAUCGUCCGAGGCCACCAAGUAAUUCAUGAAGGGUAUGAGCUCUUUGCAGACGGUAAGCUGGUGACUCUCUGGACCAUCCACAAUUUCAAAGGAGAGCUGGGAAACCAGGCUGCGAUCAUGAAAGUGUCUGAAACGAUGGAAGUGAAGUUUCAAGUCUUCGACCGCCACCACUGA